CAACACCACGCGCUCCCGCCCUUCACCACGACCACAACCACCUGGACUUUUCCCGUGAAGCUUGUUUCGGAAUUCUUUUACGCCCUCCUGCAUGUCCUACACUUCGCAUCCAUCCUUCCCUCGCCCAUGUUCUGUUCCAGCCCGUCACCGGCGAAACAGCGACCGCUUCUGAGCCAUUUGCACCCCUCCACUGUUACAUCGCCCCCAAGUGACAUUAAAGUGCCGCCAGUGAUUUCUCUUCGCUCCAGCGACCAGUUUCUCGACCCUCGCGUGUACUCGAAUGUUUGAACGAGCUUGAGUCUCCAGCAUACUUGCUGCUCUCAGACUGCGAAUAGUUCCGCUCUCAUCUCGUCAUUUUUCAGAAUGCGCCCGAUACGACUGUUUCUAACGCUUACCAUAAGCUUUUUGACUCUCACACUGUUGCUAUACACCAGUCUCAGUCCACAAUACCCAGACGAACGCUACCAUGCUCCUGCAGCCGCUUCGAAUUCGAAGAAGCAGAGUAGGCUGAAGGCCCUCUUCUCCUUCACAUCGCCUGCGUCGCUCUUCCCACCUUCUGCCAUUAUAAGCCUCACAGAUGAUAACUCGACAUUCUUUCUCUCGCGCCCCGCCGCUUUUGGCCCUUUUCUCCCUUCGAAGGGGUUGAGCGGACCGCUUUGGAUUGGGAGCGGCUUUGGCGACGAAGCCCUAUCCCGCGGAGAACUGGGAUGUAGCGACGUUCCCGGCUGGGAGGAGCGUGCGAGUGCAGCGAGACUCAACGUCGAAACCCUGUCUAGAAGUAGACCAUCCUCGAACACCGAAGACCACAAGGACAAUGAUAGUGCACCGGUCAGGCGGGCACUAAGAGAGCAUGCAGAUAUCCAGUCAAUCCAAGAGAGCGCUGAGAUUACUGGCAAGAUUGUACUCCUAAAACGAGGUGGCUGCGGUUUUCUGGACAAGGUAAAAUGGGCUCAGAGCCGAGGAGGCGUCGCCGUGGUUGUCGGAGAUGAUGUCCGUGGUGGACCUUUAAUUCGAAUGUACGCACAUGGGGACAGCUCCAAUAUUACCAUCCCCGCACUCUUCAUAACGCACACUACGGCUCACCUGCUCUCGUCCCUGGUCCCUCCCUCUGGCUUUCUACGUUCACUUUCUGCCAGCAGCGCUACCCAGGUACAGCCUGCCAAGGAUUCGAAAUUGCCUGGAACUGCGCAAGAAAAACCUUUCGAUACACAACCGCGUCGUAACAAAGGUGGAGCACGCUCCGGCAGCGCUGAGAAAGAGACAGACCAAACUGCCGACCUUGACAAGAAGGAGAAGUGGGCCUCUACCAGUUGGUUCGGCUCAGCUAUGCGCUCUCUCAACCCUUGGAGCACGAGACGUGUGGAACGAAGCACAGUCAGUAAGGACUCAGCGUGGGUACCCGUUGAAGAUUUUGAUGUCGACACUGCUCCAGACUAUGAAGGUGCCAAGUCUGCCACGCCAUCUUCCGUGAGUCCUAUACAAAUAACAGACGAUUACACCACUGGUGACCAGGACUGGCCUGAUCUCGACCUCAUACCUCAGAGAACAUCUAGUGGCUUCAUCCCACAAAGAAGCGGGCAAGUCCAGGGCGCUCGACCUGUUGAAGAGGUACCCGAAGCUCAACCAGAUAGCCAGGAACCAGAAGACCCAGCACAUCACGAGGGUCUCUGGGUUACUUUGACGCCAGCCAACGUUUCUUCCAGUCCGAUAUUUGAUACUCUUCUUGUUCUGGUCGUGAGUCCCUUAGUCACGUUAACGGUUGUGUACGCCCUCCUACUACUAAGAUCGCGGAUACGCCGCCGACGCUGGAGGGCACCGAAGUCUGUGGUGGAACGUCUACCUGUUCGAACAUAUCACACCAUUAGCGACACCCCUUCGCCAUCCGCAAGUCCUGCGACGACCUCUCCAACAACACCUCUGUUGCAACGAACAGCCUCGCGGCCUAGCACUGCUGGUUCAAGAGCUCAGUCUCGUGCCGCGACCGAAUCGCCUGCGUCAUCAUCUUCUGUCAAUCAGAGCGAGGCGGUACCGGAGGAGGAGAAACGCGAAAGUGGCCUAGCUGAAUGGCGUCGUCGCUAUGUUGGCCGUCAAAGAGAGUGUGUUGUAUGUUUAGAGGACUACGUGGACGGUGUCAGCCAAGUGAUGAGCUUGCCGUGUGGCCAUGAAUUUCACGUAGAGUGCAUUACUCCUUGGCUUGUGACCCGCCGUCGAACAUGCCCGAUUUGUAAGGGCGAUGUCGUCCGCUCGCUAUCACAAUCGUUCCGUGACCGAGCUCGUUUCCCAUCCUUGCCGACGCGAUCAUCUCGACCUUUCCACGAUGAUCCUGGCUCUUUGCAAGCACAGGUUGCCGAGACUCACAACGACUCACCGUCCGCAUCCCGGCCUGUGCCAAUAUCGUCUUCAGAUCUCUACGACGACCCCGACGUAGAGGCAAAUUGGGAUGACGGUCCCGAAGUCGACGAUGGUAGAGGCAGAGCUGGAUCCAACAGUCCAGGCACAGGUUUUGAUCUCAGUGGCUCUUUUCGCGAACUGAGUUCCACCGUGCAGACUACCAUCUGGAGAGGCUUCGACGCCAUUCGGUCUGCCACUGGUACUCAGAGACGGCAGAGUCAUGACGACGUUGACCGAGAUCGCUGAAUGUAAAUAAUCAUUCAGUUCAUCUCGCAUGGUUUUGGAGUUGGCGGGGGCAUGGGAGGUUUUCUAUGCCCAGGAAUUAAGCAUUUUGAUGGGCAGCAUUGGGGCAAACGGCGCUACGUAGAGAUAUCCACUGAUGAAACGUAACUUAAUUCAUUUUAUUUUCACGAGGACGCACUUGAGGCGGUCCGGGACCAC